UGGCCUGAUUCCCUUCCGCCUUCAAUUCCUACGCGCGGUCUCCCUUCUCUUCCACCUCAAUUCGUGUCGCCUACGCCUCUCGCUCUCCUCCCGCCGCGCGCGCGAGAGGAGGGAAAGGGAGGGGAGGAAGCCGGCGGGGGGCGCGCGGCAUGGACGCGCGGGCCAGGGAGGCUGCAGAGACCAGCGGCCCCGGGUUGCCGCUCGCCGUGCGGGAGCUCCUCGCCGGAGGGGUCGCCGGGGGAGUCGCCAAGACCGCUGUCGCGCCGCUCGAGCGCGUCAAGAUCCUGUUCCAGACAAGAAGAGCGGAGUUCCAUGGUUCUGGAUUGAUUGGAUCCUUCCGAACAAUCUAUCGGACAGAAGGUCUUUUAGGGUUUUACAGGGGAAAUGGAGCUAGUGUUGCUCGAAUUGUCCCGUAUGCAGCUUUGCAUUAUAUGGCCUAUGAAGAAUACCGCCGGUGGAUCAUUCUUGGCUUUCCUAAUGUUGAGCAAGGGCCUGUUCUUGAUCUCGUGGCUGGCUCUAUAGCUGGAGGGACAGCUGUCAUAUGCACAUACCCUCUUGAUCUAGUCCGCACAAAGUUGGCUUAUCAGGUGAAAGGUGCAGUCAGUGUGGGUUUCAGAGAAUCUAAGCCCUCUGAACAGGUUUACAAAGGAAUCAUGGAUUGUGUGAAAACAAUAUACAGACAAAAUGGAUUGAAAGGCAUAUACCGUGGCAUGGCUCCUUCACUAUAUGGAAUCUUCCCUUACUCUGGUCUUAAAUUCUACUUCUACGAGAAGAUGAAGAGCCACGUUCCUGAAGAGCACAGAAAAGGUAUCAUAGCAAAGCUCGGUUGCGGAUCAGUUGCAGGUUUGCUAGGUCAGACAAUAACAUACCCCCUAGAUGUUGUUAGGCGACAAAUGCAGGUUCAAGCCCUUUCGUCAUCCAGCCUUGUGGGUAGGGGAACAUUUGAAAGCCUGGUUAUGAUAGCGAAACAGCAAGGCUGGCGACAACUUUUCUCAGGAUUAUCUAUCAACUAUUUAAAGCUCCUGGCAUAAAAGGCAUAAAAGAAAAGAAGAAGAAAAAAAAGAGAGUGCCCUACAUGUUCUGCAUAUAUUCAUGGCACAGUUAUGACUCGAGUACUGCAUGUACAUAACUUCUGUCUCAUUUCUAAGGUAGUAAAGCAAAUAUGCCGUGUUUAAAAAUGUAAAUUCUUACACUUGCUUUCACAGGUGGUGCCAUCAGUAGCCAUAGGAUUUACUGUUUACGACUCGAUGAAGGUCUGUCUAAAAGUUCCGUCGAGGGAGGAAACUGCUGUUGCUGUCUUGGCAGAGGAGCGAAGCAAUACAGCUCCUAUCCCCUCCAGUUAGGCAGGAGUGUAGGAUAGCAUUCUUUCUUGGAUCUUAUCUUCUCCAACGCGUUGGAGACAAUAAUUCGACGACCAUCAAUAAGCGCAUAAGCAAGCAGUCGAAAAGUAAUUCCUGGCGGAUUAGCAUUUCUGUGUACAGGCUCUUGUGUGUGUAUAUGUAUAUAUAGCUGAUGAAUAAAUAGGUUGCGCCCCCUCCCUAUUCUAUCGCGACGAGUACAAAAGAAUCUAUGCGCCUUGCAUUCCCCACCCUGUUGGAUUGUUGCGGGCUGCGCGCGCAGCACGACAUCUAGGAUUUUUUGGUCAGAUCCUCGCAUAUCUCAGAUUCCUUGCCUAUAGCCUGUACUGGUCCUAUGGAUUGUUCUUCCCAGAUCGAAUUCAAAUUCACAUUUUACGGUUGGA